AUAGAACCAACCGUCAGGUAAACCCCACUGUAAUAUCUCUAUCACUAGGGAACGGCUCGCCGCCACCUGUGACCUGAGGAAUAACUGGGCUCCGCUUGCCCAAAACAAAGAUGGCGACGGGAGGUUUUACUUUUCCCACCUGGUGACACGCAGCAGACGGCGCAACAAGUGACGUUCGCAUAGCAACGGUUGCUAAGCAGGCAUCCCGAGCUGUUUUUUUUAAUUUGGGAUGGGGGCGCAGUCCUGCAAGGGAUGUUUAAUGGCAGAAAUGAAGAAACCAUGAAGGCUAAGUAGAAGGAAUUGAAGAAUGCUUCUCCGAAACAGAUUUCUUUUACUGCUGGCCUUGGCUGCACUUCUCGCCUUCCUAAGUCUCAGUCUUCAAUUCUUCUCCAGAUGGUUGCCUGUUAGCAUGCAGCUGAAGACACAAGCCCAUCUCUCAGGGUUUCCAGUGCGGCUUAUACCUGCUGGUCCAGGUAGAGAAGAUGGCCUUCGUGCUAAAAAUAGGAAGAGAAUCAUGCCUGAUCCCCUGACUGAACCCUCUGCACCUGAUCCACUGUAUGAAGCCAACCUGUACUGCAACACGCCAGGAAUACGGGAGCGCAGUAUGGAAGGUCACGCACCUCAUAACUUUAAACUGUUGUCCGUCCAAGUGAUGAUCCGUCAUGGAGAUCGGUAUCCAUUAUAUGCGAUUCCCAAAACCAAGAGACCUGAUAUUGACUGUGUCUUGGAGCCAGGCAGGAAUCCAACUCAUCCAAGUUUAGCAAAUUUUAUCAGCCACAUGACAAAAGGUUCCGAAGCACAAAUGGAUGGUACUUUGAGUAGCCUGCCACGUUUCCCGGGCCACUCACUGUGUGAGAUGGGAGAGCUAACGCAGACAGGUGUGGUACAGCAUCUACAGAACGGACAAGUUCUAAGGGAAAACUAUUUAAAGAAGAAUAGACUGCUGCCAAAUGACUGGACCACAAAUCAUCUUUACAUUGAAUCCACUGGAAAAAGCAGGACGCUGCAAAGUGGGCUGACCUUGCUCUACAGCUUCCUACCGGACUUUGACUGGAAGAAGAUAAAUAUUAAACACCAGUGGAGCAGUAUAUUCUGCUCUGGUCACUGUGAUUGCCCAAUGAGGAACCACUACCUGGAGGAAGAGCAGCGUCGCCAGUAUAGCUAUCGGGUGAAAAAUACCCAACUAGAAAAAACCUACAUUAAUAUGGCCAAGGUAGUUGGAGUCCCCACUCGCCAAUUAAGAGCGUCCAACCCCAUUGACUCAUUAUUGUGCCAUUUUUGCCACAAUAUCUCUUUCCCAUGUACCAAGAAUGGAUGUAUUGAUAUUGAGGACUUUAAGGUCAUUAAGGCCCAUCAGAUAGAGGAUGAGAGGGAGAGGCAUGAAAAGCAGCUUUAUUUCAAGUAUGCGUUGCUCGCAACCCACCCCCUCUUAAACCAGACCGUCAACCGAAUGCAGCGGAUAGCUGAUGGCAAAAAGGAUGAAGUAUUUGCCUUAUACUCCGCCCAUGAUGUUACGCUUUCCCCUAUCCUAAGCGCAAUCGGUCUCACAGAAGCCAGGUUCCCUCGAUUCGCUGCUCGCCUGGUCUUUGAACUAUGGCAGAACUCAGAGAGUAGAAAGCAACAGCACGUCCGAGUUCUGUAUAACGGGGAGGAUGUCACUUUUCAGACCUCUUUCUGCAGAGACCACAAGAGACGCUCAAACCAGCCCCUUUGUCCCCUCGGAAAAUUUGUCAACUUUGUGAAGAAAGAAAUGUUCUCAUUCCUUAAUAGUACCAGUUACUAUGAUGCAUGUCAUCAAAGGUUGUUCUAGAUUGGAAUAUCUGAUGAGAAAUGUAUUCAUUUAUUUUGACAUCAAUACGCACAGGAGACAUUCUCCAUGGUUCAGGUAGCAAGACAAAUAUAUGUGAACAAUGUGUUCUUUAGUCACUUUGUUUAACGGGUAAUGACAGUACAUACCAUAGGUAGGCUGCCAGAUGCCAUACAUCAUCCCUGUAGACAAACAGAGCAUUACAGUACUUAGGGGAAAAUGUACUGGGCUGUGAAAAGAGUGGAGAAGUGAGCCAGUGGAGAAGCUUGCCAUGGCAACCAAUCAGCACUGAAGUAACAUUUCUAAUUUGCAUACUAUAAAGUUAUACAGAGCAGCUGAUUGGUUGCCAUGGACAACUUCUCCACUGGCUCACUUCUCUACUCUUUUCACUGCUUAGUACAUCUCCCCCUUUACAUCAGUGUUUACAGUAAGGGAGUCCAGCCUUGUUUUGAAGGCCACAGGCGUAGGGUAUGAUCUUGCAUUACUUUAACUCUAAUGUAUUUAUACACCGUUUUUAAGAAUGUAUUGGCCACGUAUAUGCCUAUACUGUGCACUGUUUGAUUGCCAUAGUUAAAGCAGUGUUGUCUUACAGACCUAAACCAGAAUAAGGCAAACACGCAUCCCUCGAUCCUGAAUUCGUUUACAACCUUUAUUCGAUUUUAAUCAAUUCAGGGCUAUUAUGCUGGGUAAAAUUAAUACUGUGUUAAAUUAGCAAAAUAUUUUUUUUGUUGUUCUGCUUAUAUUAACCUUAAGUACUGUGCAGAAUCUUACGCUUGGGUUGCCUGUGUGUUUCAGCCUUCGCGUAUGAGCAGAGCUGCCAUCAGAAAUUGUGGGGCCUGGAACUGGCAAAAUAGGCAAGGCCCUCCCUAGGGGGGGGGUCAGUGCUGUGGAUAAUGUGAGCGGAGCUACAGCAGGGGUGGGUGUGUAAGCCAGUUUAGAAAAAAAAAUUAGGCUGUGGGGGUGGGUGUUAUAACAUGUCAAGCUAUCAUAUAAAUUAUAUGAUACCCUAGCCCUGCCUCAGCCACUUCAGUAUGAUUCAUAAAUACCCUCAUGGCAGUUCCACCUCACUCGCACACAUACACCCAUAUACCCCAAUCACUUCCCAGAUCACACACACAAAUCCCAGCCACCUACCUCUCACACAAAUGUACCCAGAUCUGUCCCAGCACCCACCCUCUCACACACAUAUGCCCGUGCACCUCCCUCUCACACAUAUAUGCUCCUGCCCCCUCCACCUCCCUCUCACACACAAUACCCCAGCCACCUCCCUCUCACAGAUAUAUACUCCCUAGCCCUUUCUCACCGCAGUUGGCAAAAAUUUCCCAGUGUGAUAGUGGUCUGCAGCAAUCCUAAAAACAUAAUGUUGCCUUGUCUCUGACUACUGUUAAACAUGAUGCUUCCUUGUGUCCCUCUGUAUUUGUUAUACCAUAUUGUCUGUUGUUUUGCUGCCCGGGCCCCCUGUCUGUUUGGGCCCAGGACAACAGUCAAGGUACUCCCCUCCUGAUGGUGCCCCUGCUAUGAGAUCUUUUUGCCUGGGCAGGCAGUGUAAGCACAGAGUUCCUGUCAUCUGGGAACUAAUUAAAUGUACAAAUGCUGCAUGAAACAUUUAUAGCUGGCAUCCAAGCUCAUUUGACUGAAACUGCCCAUUUACAAUGCCUCUUAUGUGCAGGGAAACAGGACUUUAGCCUAACUGCAAGUUGUGUGUGUUUACCUGGGAGAGCACUGGAUGCAAAAAUGCUCUGAUUGAAGAUAAAAUAGAUUUUUAAGAUUAUUACUACACAAUAUGUAAUAAUCUGAAAUACUGUGACCAAUUUAUUAACGCUUCUAUGACAACAGGAAAGGAGCUGACUUUGUAGCUUGUAAACUGAAUUCUCUCAUAAUGCAUUCCCCAGUUAUUUCAUUUUUUCAGUGUUGUUAUUUUUAAAAAGGAACAAAAAAAGUAUGGAAGUCAAUUAAGUGUACACUAUGUGUAAGGCAAAAUGGCUGCCAAAAUGCUAAGUAGAUGCAUAGAAUUCACGUGAUCAAUACAAAAGAUAUAGGUACUAUGUAGGUAUUUCUAAUGUAGUCAGAAAAGGUAUACUGUCAACAUUAUCUGCAUUCUCUUGACAUUAUCCCAAGAUAACAGCCACUACUGGUACUAGUUUAGGAACAUGAAAGCAUAUUUUAAAACAAACUGACUGAGCUUUAGAAGUAUAAAAGUAAAGCUAUUAAAAAGGGCAUCAUGAAUCCUUCCCAAGAUCUCAUGCAGAAAAUAAUGAAAUUACCCAUAUGUACCAUUUGUACGUUUAUCUGCAUGGUUUGUUUUUUCAAAUAUUAUUUUAUCCACACUUCUAUCAUUACCAAUAGAUUCUACAUACAGAUAGUACCUGUAAAAAGUUUUUGAAAACCCACAUUUUUUGCAGAGAACAAAUAAACAGUUGGAGCUAAAAAGAAAUAGAAUAGUUUUAGAAUAAUUUUGCUUUAAAAAAAAAUCAAUAAAAAAAAAUCUAAUCUAAACGAUUGGCUCCUUAAAGUCACCACCCUUUGCAGAUCUAACCACUGGGCACACUUGUGUCAUUCUUUCUCAAUGGAAAUAUUGUUGCUGUUUUAAAGUUUCAGCAAAUGUGUUGCACUUGUAUGCUACUUUGCCUUCACCAUUUGGUCCAGUUCAUUCCAAACCAUCUUAAUAGGUUUAAAGUCUGGAGACUGUGCUGGCCAUUCCAUGACUAUGGCUACCUCUUAUCCUUUUACUUGAAGGUAUAUCUGACAUAGCCAGGAGGUAUAUUCUGGAUCAUUACCUUGCAGAAGGAUGAACCCUUGACCAACUAGGUGUGGAGCAGUGGGUAUUGCACGGUGCUGCAAAAGGCUAGGUAGCCCUUUGGGUUUAAGGUGCAAGUUGCCAGUUUGAGAUCAAACCAAUGAUCCUCACACCAGUACAGUAUGUAGACAGUUGUCCCAGGGGUUGUAAAUAUGUCUUAUGUGUAGCUAGACUUGACAGUUAAUUGGCUUCUAACACGAUGAAUCCUAGUAUGUGUGCGUGCGUGUACUAAAGAAUUUUCAAAGCCUUGGAGAGUGAUAAAUAGCACGGUGACAAAGUACCAGCCAACCAGCUCUUAAGUGCCAUGUUACAGGCUGUGUUUGAAAAAUGACAGUUAGGAGCUGAUUGGUUGGUACUUUAUCACUGUGCAAUUUAUCAUUCUCCAAGGCUUGCUAAAUCUGGGGCAUAGACUGUAAGCUUCUCUAGAGUAGAGGCUGAGGUGAAUGAUUAAACAUUCUCUAAAACCUCUAUGUAAUUAUGUUGGUACAUUAUAGAGAAAGUAAAAUAACAAUAAUAAAUUCAAGACUUGGGCUCCUAACGACUGUAUUUGUGGAGCACGUCGGCCUAGUUGUUAAUACAAAAAUAUUGACUAUAGAAUAGUAUUGUUACAGAUCGGGUCCAGUCAUUUCAUUAUAUGUUUUCUGAGUUACGAGGGCUAUUAGUGCCUAUCAACGAGUUCAAUUACAUCAUGAUGGUUUUUUGUGUUUCCAAUUAUUAGUGCCUCUCUCUGUACUUUUUGUUUUUAAUGGAUAGCUUAAUUGAUACAGUGGUGCCACAUCAACGUUGACCUUUACUCUGGUUAUAACUGUUGUUAAAGUUUUUACCAGUAGAGGGCAGCAGAUAUGCGUUAUUGUACAUCCUGAAUCCAGUUGAAUGUCCAAUAAAAAAAGCUAUACUAGAUUUUACACUCCUUUCAGAAUGUCCUCAACUCAUCCAUCCAUCCAUCAUAUUAGGAGUUGGAAAACAUUUUUUUUUUCUAUUCUAAUCUACACUUAAUAUUAUUCAGGAUGUGACUGAUCUCAAGAGGAUUGUUUGAUUUCUCAAAAUGUCAUAUUUAACUAUUAAAAAAAGGAUUUUGAUACAAGUCCUAACUUUGUACAGUAUUACUAUUGGUACGUAAAAUAAAAAUACAAUUUUAUGUUUGUAAUAAUACUUAUCACCAUCCGUCCUUUAUGAUAGCACAUAUUUUCAAGGCCUAGUUAUUUGCUGUAUACUUGACUAGAGAUGGUCAACUGGUGGGUUUUUUUUUCUACCAGCAUUCUGGGAGUUGUAGUUCAAUCAAAGCUGUUGUAAAAGCCAUAGAUUUCCUAUCUACAGGUACUUAAAGAAAAUGUGCAACACAUUAGGGUUUUUUAUGUUCCUUUCUGUUUUUUUUUUAAUGUGCUUUUCUGUUUGAAAUUAUAUAUAUUUUUUAAUCUACCUUUAAUCUGUGUAACUAUUAUUGCUACAGACUACUCUAAUAUGACCCGUUUCACCCAAUACACAAUGCUCCUGAUUUGCUCUUUGCAGUACCCUGGGCUGAAUUAAAUAAUGAGAAAAGCUAACUAUCACCUACAGUGUGUUGAAGCAUUUGAAACCACAACCCUAGCCCAAUAAAGCAGAGUAAGAGAUGUUCAGCCACUCUGGCUAUCCAAUUCAAAUUUACAUACACAUGUACUCAUAGGAGUUGAUGGGGUUUAAAACAAUUGGAAACUGUUCCUAAUGCUUUGCUUGGCAGUAGCUUUUUUGAAUCCCUUCCACUUCAGCUCCUUUUGGAGUCAAACACCUUUAAAGUAAGAUGAUAAAAAUUAACAAAAAAUAAAAGCACCUCUCGUAAUUUCAUUUAGAUGUGAAAUUUUGGCUGAAAUGGGGCUGGUUGGAGGAUCAGUGGCUACAAUGUAUUGGAUCCCUAUAGCUGUAUUGUUUCAUUGUGCCGUGCAAUAAGUGUUUACAUUUUAAACACAACUUCUAUAGUGUGGUAAAGUUCCCUAUACAUUCUAGUAAAAAGUUACAUUUGUCCUAAAAAAAAAAAAAAUUGUCUUAUUACUGAAAACACGUUUGUUAUGAACUUUUCCAUAUACUGUAUGUAAAUCAUUUGUCUGAUCUGAAAUGUCAGUUAUUAUAACAUAUUCCAUUUUGUAAAGUUUACUUUGUCUAUGAGAAAAAACUUUUAAACUAGAACAACAAUGUGGAAUAAAAACAUUUUCUACCAAUAAAAAACAACAUUUUGAAAA